GUUCCGAGUAGCACAAAAAAAGGCCACCUCUUCCCCCAGUUUACUAUUUUUGUUUUGGAAGUCCCCAAUAUUUCACAACCUAGAUCUAACCGUCUAAUUUGUUUUGGAAUUCCCCUCUCUUUCUCUCUUCUGUGUUAUUGAAUCGAGAAAAUGGCGACAGCUCGCGAAGAGAACGUGUACAUGGCGAAGCUGGCCGAGCAGGCCGAGCGCUACGAGGAGAUGGUGGAGUUCAUGGAGAAGGUCACGGCCGCCGCGGUGGAGAACGAAGAGCUGUCCGUGGAGGAGCGUAACCUUCUCUCGGUGGCCUACAAGAACGUGAUCGGGGCGCGUCGAGCCUCCUGGCGCAUAAUCUCCUCCAUCGAGCAGAAGGAGGAGAGUCGUGGCAACGAGGACCACGUGGCCACGAUCCGCGACUACCGAUCCAAGAUCGAGUCGGAGCUCUCCUCCAUCUGUGACGGCAUUCUCAAGCUCCUCGACUCGCGCCUCAUUCCCUCCGCCUCCUCCGGAGACUCCAAGGUCUUCUACCUGAAGAUGAAAGGCGAUUACCACAGGUACUUGGCAGAGUUCAAGACCGGAGCCGACCGCAAGGAAGCCGCCGAGAGCACCCUCACUGCCUACAAAUCCGCUCAGGACAUUGCCAACGCUGAGCUGGCUCCUACACAUCCAAUCCGGCUUGGGCUUGCUCUGAACUUCUCUGUGUUUCACUAUGAGAUUCUGAAUUCCCCUGAUCGUGCUUGCAAUCUUGCUAAACAGGCUUUUGAUGAAGCAAUUGCCGAGUUGGAUACCCUGGGUGAGGAGUCAUACAAGGAUAGCACUUUGAUCAUGCAACUUCUCCGUGACAACCUCACUCUUUGGAGCUCUGACAUGCAGGAUGAUGGGGCAGAUGAGAUCAAAGAAGCAGCACCCAAGCGGGAUGAUGAACAGCAGGCAGCUCAUUGAACCAUUUGUUAAGUCUUCAACUUCUCCUCUAUGCCUUUUAACUGGAGAAGGUGAGAAGGUGCUUGUUACUAAUUUCGCUGCUACCAAGUUUUAGGCAUUUUUGUUUAUUGUUACCAAGUUGAUGGGCGUACCAAGUCCUUUUAGCCUGUCCUAUCACGUUAUUUUGUUUCUGGAUGUGCCUUCAUAUUGAAAGUAUAUUUUUUUUAUCAUUAGCUUCUUAAUUUUUUUGUUUUCUACUUGUGGAAAUUGAUUGAUCCAUCAAAAUGGGUAUGUCUUGCUUUAGUUUGAUUGGAAUCCUAUUCUAUCA